AUGUUUAUAUUGUGUAUGCAUUUAAUUUUGCACUUUUAUUUUUUAUUUUGGUGUUAUUUUUACUUUUCGUUCCAAAUACUUUUGUGCAGUUUUAAAAUGAGCCAGAAACAUGUCAAGCAAGCAGCUCGUGGCCAGCGACAAAUUUAUGAGGAAAAUAGACAAACCUUAAUUGCGUAUUCACUUGCUAGUUUUAUAUCCUUGACUAUUGUUGGAAUAUUAAAUUACUUUGUAUUAAAUGCUACACGUGGAGAUUGGGUUUGUUUUUGGAUUAUAUUUACUUGGAUUUAUGGGCAUUGUGACCUUACUAUUUGCCAGUUUUCUUCUCUUGGAUUAAUGUUUUCUAUGAUGAAGAAUGCACGAAACGAAAAAAAUCAAAUUGUCGAUGCUGGUCUAGAUCUUAAUGAUCCACAGGCAUUUGGAGAGUAUUGCAAAGAUGUUGUCAUUUUGAGUGUUUUGGUACAAAUUCUGAGUUUAUUCUCUGCCUAUUUUUAUUUACUUUUGUUGAUUCUACCAAUGUUUGGAUUUUACAAAUUAUGGACAAAAUUGCUUGGACCUUGGUUUUUUGCACCUGCUCCUGAAAUCGAUGAAAAUACUGAUGGAAAGAAGAAGCGUGAUAAAAGAAGAGAAAAAACUGUUUAUCUGAGACGAUAGGUUUUUACGUUAUUGUAAUUUUUAUUUUGAAGUUGAGGUUGUUUUUUUGUAAAUUAAAUUUUAAAGUAAACUGAAAUUUAUUUUUCCUUCUAGUCCACCUUUGAAAACCUAAAACAAUUCCCGAUCCCCUCUCAAUUUUCUU